GAUCUAAGUACGUGCGGUCUUUGCACAGUGAAUACCGAGACUGCACCGCCGUACAAAACCCUGUUCUACGUGUGGGGACCAGAGAACAGUUUGAAAGAAUUCCUGCUCAAUGGGCAAGCCCUCGACGUCCGAAAGCAUCUCUGGGAUUUUGAAAUUCAAUCCAACCAUGGCGAGGAGAAGGAGAUGAGUCUUGGGUCACUGUCAGACGACACAGAAUAUAUAUGGAUAGAUGCACUGUGCAUCGACCAACGCAACCUGAAGGAACGGCUCCACCAAGUUGCAAUCAUGGGGGACAUCUAUUCUUCGGCAACCCAUGUCUUGGUCUGGUUAGGC